CUAAAAAGAGUACUUGUACUACUAGCUAGCUAGCUAGCAGCUUCUAGUCUACCGUACGGUAGGUAGCGAAACGCCGAACGCCGAGGAUUCGAUUCAGCGCUGAAACAUCUCUUGCCCACUGUGCUUGAUGCUUGCAAUUCAGAGAUAGAUACAUACCAGUGGUGACACAGAGCCUUUGGUGGCUUGGCUGUAAAAGUUUCCUCGUCAGACACAACGCAAUAAAGGGAACAGUCUCGUUGCUUAUUACUGAUUGAGGAUUGACGAGCAUGGCAGCUGAAGAGGGAGCAGUAUUAGUACCACCGGAACUUGACAUGGCUGCUGCUGUCGAUGAGAAUAAUAAUAGGGCCUCGAUGAAUGUUCUCUUGGAGUGGCCCGAGGAACCCUUGGCCCAGAAUGAUUCCAGGCGGAUGAAACUCACUCCAGAUGAAUACCGGUGGGCCAGACACCUCAAAGAAGCCAUGGCUAACCUGCCAGAGUUAGACACCCUGUCAGACUUUAUGAUCACCCAGUUUGCCAUUGUCGAAGAGGGAAACCUGCAAGCUGCCAUUCACAGGGCUUUUAACUUUCAGAAUCUUCGCCGAGAGUUUGACAUUCUGGAUACUUGUGCGGAUGCCAAGAGGCGCUUUUCCGAAUUGGUUGAGAUCAUGCCAGGUCAUCUCUUGCACUUUGGGUUCAGUCCGCUGGACGGGAACUAUGUGUUUGCAGUGGACAUGACCAAACUGGAUACCCGAGCUGCGGAUUCCAUGGAAAAAUUGAGGUCGUUCAUGGCGGGAGCCUUUUACGCACAUCAUGCCAUUAGCCCGGACUUUGCCGCCAUCCGGCAGGGUGCCAUCAUUUGCUUGGACUGGGGAGGGUAUUCCUUCAAGGGGACCAAUCUUCCAGAUUACAAGUUCCUCAAAAUGAUGUUUGAACAUAACUUUGGAAGCUACCCCUUGCAACUCAAUGAAAUUGAAAUAUUCAACGCAGGUGUUGUGGUCAGCACACUCAUGUCCAUGGUCAGACGGUUCUUGCCGGAGCAACAUCAAAGCAAAAUGAAGCUAGGGUGUCAAUUGGGCAAACAAUCCAAUGAUCCCUUGGAUAAAAUGUUCUUGGUUCCAUCCGUAGAGGCUGCUACUUGUCGCCUCGUGGAAGUCUUGUUGGCAUCCAUUCAACAGCGAUACAUAAACGAAUGCACCUUCAGGCUCUGAUUGUCAUGACGACAGUUGGCAGAUACCGUUAGACGGACUACACGCCUACCCAGCCAGAGAGCAAAGCAAGUGCCACUGGAACCUAACCUUACUUCUUGGUCAUGGGACAUUCAUUGCAAUACGUACAUGUGUGUAGAUAUUCAUACUACGGUCUUACUUCUGUUUCGAUGUACAUGUAGUCUUAGUGGCACUGACGGACAACGUCUAACUCCUUCAACCGUGCGGGAGGACACUAAGGGUUGUCAUGCGAGGCAGCUCUAAAACGAGACUGGGGAGUCGGUGGAAUCACAAGAGGCCGACUGUAUUGGCAUGGAGUCGAGCCAAGUCUCAGUCGUCUUUAAAAAAAUGACUUCAAAAUACAAGCGACCUCCGCAAGUCCAAUGACCUUCUAGCUACUAGCUAUAGUAAAGCCCUCCAUCUAGCAG